AUGGCAGCAACUCCGCUUAGAGAUACAGUGCCACUUGAGGAAGUUCAGUUGGAAAGUGAUCUUACAUAUGAAGAGAAACCGGUCAAAAUUCUGGAGACGGCAGAAAGAGUUACUCGUACCAAGACGAUCAAGUUCUAUUUUGAUUCGCAAUUUUUCGUGCACCACAGCGACGACGCUAUAAUCGACUCUAGUCUCCGGCGAGCGACUUCCGGCGAACUACUGCAGAUCGACGUCCGCGACUUCGUAAACGAGUUUCCCUUGUCAAUCCGAGCUCCAUCGUCUGCCCCACCAUCGCCAAGGAGCACCGGAACGUCAAGGCCGGCGACAUCAGACGACAUUGCUGUGUGCGUCCCGUAUAUUGCGACUGUGACAGCUGCAACCUUUGUGACUGCGAAGAUUGCAACUCCUCCCACUGAAAAAGGUAUCCCUAGCUGAUGAAGAAGCUGUUAGGAUCACGAGUCUUUGCCCAACAUGUCUGCCUGUGGCAUCCGUGAAGGAAGAGGACUCCAUGCUAUUUGCUUUCCGCUUGAUGUUGAACUCUGAUUUAUGUUUAUGCUAGCCUUGAGCUAUGCAAGUUGUAUCGAACUAUUUUAUUUCCGCUGGAUCUUAGAUUGUAAUGAAGACCUUUGCUACUUGGUAUUUCAUCUUAAACUGUGUGUGCUAGCAGUUCGAUCCAGGGACUAGCACUAAUGCACAGGGGCUUGCACUU